UCCCCGUCCCCGCCUCAGCCUCCUGAGCCUGCCGCGGCCUCGCGGGGGGCGGCGAGGACCCGCCCGCUCCCACAGCCGCGCGGUCCCCAGGUAGCGGGGCCGCGUUUCCGCCCGGCGCCAUUUGCAGACGGACCCCGGCUGUGAGUCCCGCCCCGCGAGAGGGGAGGAGGGAGGCGCCGCCCGGCACCUGCAGCCCCGCGCCGGGCCCGGCACCCCGAGAGACGCUGCGGCUGCCCCGUCCCGGCACCCGGAUAAUCAUCAUUGUGGAGGAUUUUAGCACAGAGAUUACUGGAUUUUGCUGUAUCUAACCACAAUGAUUUCAUCCUUGGUUGCUUAUGAUGAUUCAGACUCUGAGACAGAGACUGGAAAGGCUGAAGAUCCCCAUAUGUCUAGUAGAAAGACAAAUCCUGCAAGUUCUGCUGUGAAUCAUCUUCAGUGUUUUGCACCUGGUGGUUUAGACAAAAAAUUCACCUGCAAAACGCAGCCUGCUGAGAACAUUGGCAGUUCCACAGCAAGCAUGGUUCGUAAAGAUUGCUCUGCAUAUUAUGUACAGACUAAUAAGAGGGAGCUGACAACUGCUUAUCCUAGCAAAGUAUAUCCUGGCCAUACUACAGUAUUCAUGUCCUAUAAAAGCUGUGACCAAGCAUCAGGCUCCUUGAUAAAAUCAGAACUUCUUUCUGGAAAUAGCACCUCCUCUCAGAAGAGAGUACAUAAAGAUGAUGUUGCCGCCAUCUCGGGAAUCCGACCGUAUAUCCCUAAAAGACUACGUCAAGAAAAAUCUGCUAGUGUGUCUGAAAGAAAAGAAUCUGAAGGACAGGGAGAGAAGACAAGUGAUGAAAUUAAACCAGAUAGAUCAGGAGAGAAAAGUUCCACAAAAAUUUCUGAAUUUAUUAAGCCAUAUUUAGGAUCUAAGUAUAAAUCCACUGAAAUCCCAAAGAACUUGGUGUUUCAGAUAGCCAAACACAGAGGUCCCAUUAAUAAAGUCCAGUGGUGUCCUGUGCAAGAAUGGAGUCAUAUGCUUCUCUCAGCUUCCAUGGAUAGUACAGUCAAGAUAUGGGAUGCUGUUGAUACAGGCCGCUGUUUAAAAACUUAUUCCUGUCACUCUUGUGCUGUUCGAGCUGCUCAAUGGUCUUUAUGUGGAAGAAGAAUUCUCAGUGGAGGUUUUGAUUUUAUGCUUCACUUAACAGAUGUUGAAACAGGUGUAGAAGACCUCUUCCUGCUGCUUUAUAAAGGGGCACAGGUGUUUACCAGCAAAAAUGAAUAUCGGAUCAGCACACUGAAGUUUCACCCUAGUGAUCCUAAUAUUUUUAUUUGCGGAGGGUUUGGCCCAGAAGUUAAAGCAUGGGAUAUCAGGAACUGUAAGGUGAUAAAAGUCUACAAAGCUGCAGUACAGCAGACUUUGGAUGUCCUCUUUCUUCCUGAAGGAAAAGAAUUUCUUACAAGCACAGAUGCAGUAAGCCGGGACUCAGCUGACCGUACUAUUAUUGCAUGGGACUUCCACAGUGCUGCAAAAAUCUCCAAUCAGAUUUUUCAUGAGCGUUAUACCUGUCCAAGUCUGACCUUGCAUCCUAAAGAAUCUACAUUUGUCGCUCAAACAAAUGGAAACUACAUGGCAUUGUUUUCUACCCAGAGGCCUUACAGAAUCAACAAAAAGAAAAGAUAUGAAGGGCAUAAGGUGGAAGGGUUUGCAGUGGACUGUGAAUUUUCUCCAGAUGGGGCACUUCUACUGACAGGAAGUUCAGAGGGCAAAGUAUUUUUCUAUAACUAUCACACUGCUAGAAUCAUUCACACUUUGUCUGCACAUGACCAGGCCUGUGUGAGUGCAACAUUUCACCCAGUCCUUCCAUCACUACUUGCCACAUGUGACUGGGCUGGAGAAAUUAAAGUCUGGCAAUAACUGCGCUGUGUUCUGUCUGUACUGGAUGUAUGAAUGCCGGUGUUUCACCAUCAGUUCAUGUUGCGCACAUUGAUUUCUUUUUCCUGUGAACAUCAAACAAUUUGUUGUCAUUUUUCAUAUUCCUUCUAGGAUUUCUUGGGUAAGAUUUUCAAACUAGAUUAGUUCAAGUAACAGUGGGUGCACCUACAUGAGAUGCUUCAAGCACAGCCAAUUCUAUUGUGCAUUAGUGUGGUGGGCAAGACUCAUGCUAAUGCGCAGUAGGUUUAGCUUGCUGUGUAUUAAUGUUCAAAGACUGUUCAUUUUCAGUCUUUGAACAUUAAUACAGGUACUAAACUUAAUGUGCUGUAAUUAUGGCAUAUUAAUGAAUGUAUGGACGUGCCCACUGUGUUCUUGAAAAUUUUACCUCUAAACCUCUUUUAUAUUAAACCUAAUCUUCUUACUGUGUUCCCAGUUGGGUUAAAAACAGAUUUUUUUGUGAAUAUGAACGUAUCAAAAAUUUAAAAUGAACACUUCACAUUAAUGUUAGGGUCUGCUGCUUAGAAUCUCACUUGCAUGGUGCUCUUGCCUGUAUAAACAUUGGGGAACCCCAGCAGGGGCAAGUCUCAGGAAAACAGAUAAUAGUUCAGCUUUUUAUAACAGCAUCUUCCAGCCCUAAUGCAACAACGGGGAGGAAAUUUCAGCUAAAGAUUACAGGGAGGGGGCCAGCUCUUCUAUAAAUAAGUGUUGAUUCUUUUAAUGUACAUCUCACCAGCUACAGGCUUUGGAGAAGAUCCUCAGAUGGUGUUAAAUUGUCAUAGCGCCACUGAAGGGAAGUAUAAUAGUUAUGGGCCUAUUCAAAUCAAGGAAGAAGGUGGCCAAUUUGGCAGGCAGAUCAUGGUGCAAGCCACCAUUUUUGCAGGCUUAUUGCGGCAGGGUCCCCCUAUGCCUCUGAUUUGCUAAGGGGCUCUGGUAGGCCCACGCCCCACUGCUGAUUGGUUAAGUGGCCUGUCUGUCAUAAGACCCCACCCCCUCACCGUCGAUUGGUGGAGAGGGCUCUGCAUCGUGAGGCCCUGCCCCUCACUGAUAAUUGGUGGAGAGGGGUGGGGCCACAAGACAGGCUGCCUUCAGCCAAUCAUCAGUGUGGGGUGGGGACGGCAACCACCGUGGUUGCUCCCCUUUGUGCUGACAGCCCCCCUUACCACUUCCCCCUGGCAGGCUGUAUGGCUGGGCGGCAGCAGCCAUGAGGACUGCUGGCUCCCAUGAAGGAGCCAGCAAUUUAUUUUUAGCAUGUUUUGUUGCCCCCCACAGAUUUUGCAGACAUCACUUGAUUUCACAAUUUCUGUGAAAUGUUUAAAAUUGCAAAUUAAGUAGGUGCCUAGUAAUAGUUUGUACCGCCUAAAAGAUCUGCCCCAAAUACUUUUGCAUAGUCGAGAGAGCGAGAGCGCAUGCACACAUUUAUGAGAGAGAGAAAAAGUUCAGCUUAAUGCAUUCCAGUAUCAACUUUGAGAUAUGUCAACUUUAGAAGGGUACAGCAGUGUAGUAGCUUGAAUAAGUGUGGGUGACUAGGGCACAAGCCUAGGAGCUGACUUGGGUGUGGGCAUAAAAAUAGCAGCUGUGGAGCUGCUGGCUCUAUUGCUGUGACCACUGUUAGUAGCCUGGCUGCAGCUACUGCCCCACGUACUGCAACCACACAGAGAUGGAACUGCCCAGUUAUGCCCCUGCACAUAUGCAGUGUCUAUGCAGAAGUUUCCUUUCAGUUUUGAUGUUUGUCGAAAGCACAUACCUUGUGUGUUGGUGCUAACGCUGCGUUUAAUGUGUAAGGAGAACUCAAGAGUAUCAGUGUUGUGGUUAAUUGAAUAUAUCAGAGUGCUCAAUCCCUGGCCCAUGGGCCAGAUCUGGCCACUUGUCAUCUUGCCUGCAGGGUUCCCUACCGGUUCAUGGGGAGCACCACAGGCCAUGGCUGUGUGGCUAGAUCUAGCAUGCAGGGCAGUGCAGGACCCAAUCCCAGUGCGUGGGGCUAGGCAGGGCAGCACGUGGCCCUGGAUGUGGGGACAGGUGGAGGUGGCACAGGGUUCUGGGGCCCUAACCUCUGUACACAGGGUCCCAGGGCCCCAAUCUCCACAUGUGGGAUCACACAGAGCUGUCAUAAGGCCCUGGAGCUUUGAUUCCAACAUGUGGGGCUUGGUGGAGGUGGCAUGGGAUCCUGGAGCCUCAUUCCUGACGUGGGCCAGCUAGUCCAGAUCCAUGCAUGUAGGCCUGAUCCUAGGGCGUGGAGUUUGAUCCAGCCUGCAGGUUGGCCCCAUACCUUUCAUUUCCCUCCUCCAGCCCCUUCUUCCCCCCUGGGACUAAAAGGUUGAGCACCACUGGACUAUGUGAACUGAAAUGUAAUAGACUGUUUUUAACCAUGUUAACCGAAUGCUUCUUUUUUAUUUUAAAUCUUGCCUGAGGCUUUUUUAACUACAUACUGCUGUCGUUUUUCAUAUUUUAUGAAAUGUGUCUUAUAUUUUGCAGUCCAGUUGUAAAUCCAUGUACUUUAUCAUGUAUAUAUGUACAUAUGGAAUAUGCUUGCAAUAUACCUGAGACCUAUCUAAAAAGAAGUAAACAUAGAUAUAUGUUCAUGGUAUUUACAUAUUUAAAAUUAAUUUUAAAUUAUCUGAUACAAAGUAAGACUUAGCAUAUGGUAUAUUUUUCAUUCAAAUAGUAAAGCAUCUACUUACAAAGCAAAGUUAAAAUAAAAGCUUGAGUGCCAUGAAAUAAAAGCUUGAGUACAGAAAAUGAAGACAUUUUAUAAAUGCCUUGACCACAUCCUGUUGAGCUUUAGUACAGUCAAGGUGAUCUCAAAUGCCUGGAGUCAUUAAGCACCAAAUAAUUCUCAUUUUACUCACUGCAGCAAGUGCUACCAAGUGAUACUUUUUGCCUGAGCAAGGAAAGCAUGAUUUAGCUCUGAGAGAAUAAAUGGGCAGACUUAAAUAUAUUUUAUAAUAAAGUAUCAACAGUAUUUUUAGCUGUUCUGCCUUGGGUUGAGUACAGGGUUUCAUGUUACAGCUGCAAGAAUUGCAGUCAUCACUGUGAUGUAGAGAAAUAUGAACACCUCUCUUCAUCUAUCAUUUGUCUUAGGCUUUUAUAAUAUGUCUCAUCCCUUUGGAGGUUAAUUGAGACAGCAAUUUUUGCAGUUCAAACACAGUACCCUAUAUUCAGACCUUUGUUUACUCUUAAAACAAACUUGUUCGCAAUGCCAGUCUCAUGACAGCAGUCUCUUCAGUUGUUAUACUGGAAAAUAAUCUCUACUUGUGCAGAGUGCCUUUAAUUUUUGCAGUGCUUUGCACGAGCAUUAAAAGCUAUCUGAUAACAGACUCAUGCAUUUAGAGUAGUGGUUUUCAACGUGUGGUUGUGGACCCCUCAGGCUUUCCAGACUAUGUCUGAGGGGUCUGUAAAAGAUGACUAUGAUCAGUCAAAAGCAUAUGAAUACCAAGACUUAGAAUUCAAACGGGUCUGGACCUCCAUUCAAAAUUGCGAAAGGGGCCCACGCCUCCAUUCAGAAUUUUUUAGGAAUGUGCAAAUGAAAAAAGGUUGAAACCCGCUGAUUUAGAGUGAGACUUAGGUUGAAUUCAAGCACAUAAUUACAAAAAUAUUGUGAUCCUGAAAACCUAUGCACAGCUAUCACCUCAGAGGUACCUAAACACCAUUUAAAAUUAAAAAGUUCCCUGUGUGCUAAGAGUUGCAUCACUGUGUGUGCCCAGAACUACCUCAAUGUGAGUGGCUCAGCUCUUAGCUCAUACCAAAGUUUGAUCAGAAACUAGGAGUUCUCUGUCUAAAUUCCCUGGGGAGUUCAAUUCAUACUUAGCAGAUGUGGCCAGUAGUGAGCCAAUCCAAAAUGCAGUGAUGCUGCUUCUUUCAAAACAUGAUCAGAAGAGGUGCUAGUCAUAACCACAUUUAGCAUAAUACAGUAUUGGUUACAAUACUCAUCCAGGAGGUGGGGGACUUUCUAAGCCGCCGUCAACCUGAAAUGUUUAAACUUACAUCUGUGCCAACCACUUUACUGUACGUAAGAUCCGAGAGAGGACACUCCAAUCCUCUUCUAUUGGAGCUGGGCCACAGAGCAGCAAAGAAUUCAAAAUUAAUUGGUCCAGAGACGGAGCAUGAGUGACCAUAACUCAGUAACUUGGUAAUUAGAGCACUCACCUGGAAGGUGAUCCCAGGUUUCAGUUUCUGUUCCCAUGACUGAUUAUACAUUUUAUGCAACACAAACAAUUGCAAUCCCAGAAAAUAGUAAAAGUUUUGUUUAAAAGAAAUUGAAAUAUUAAAUAUAUGGAAAUACACAACUAAGAUACCCAAACAGCUUUUGACCCUGUCCUGGAAACAUGCCAGGAAGGGAAAAUAUGAAAAGACCAAUGCAUAAUUAUAAAUCAGAUUAAUCUAAUUAGAAAUCAGAGACACUAAAACACUUUACUCUCAGGAUGAUAUUGUAAUUGCUUAGUGUCUCUGCAGUGAAGGGUUAAGAUUGUUGGAACAUCCUAACUAUGUAUACCUGUACCUUAGUAUGGUUGUUUAGAAUGUAGUUUUAAUCUGAGUUUCUUGGAUUUGAAUUGCUUGGUUUGGGGAUAAUACAUUGUAUUUGCGUUACUACUUCUCUGCAGAAAGUAAGGACCCAGUAUUAUGUGAAUGUAAUUUCUUUUCCUUGCAACAAGUAUAAUGAUUUUGGUUUGUAUUUGACAGCUUAGCCUAGGAAAGUAUUUAAAUAGCAUGUGCUCAUUUUGCACAGUAAAUUGUCUCUCUUAUAUAAUGACAGAUCCAUAAAGUGUGUAUAAUAUUUAGAAAUUCUUUUUCAAGUGUAGCAUUGUGUUAUUCUGCUGAUUUUAUCUUCCUAUCCAAAAAUAUAACAGUUCAUUGCCAUUGUUAAUGUUCUCAGUUUAAGACAGCUUAAAACAAUCCUUUUAUGAGAAGGAUCCAUAAGUAAUGAUCUGGCAGAUGGAUAUUUGAGUAAUCACAAAAAACUGAAAUAUAUUGCUUUAGCAAACACUUUGUGUUCUGUUUGCUUGCAGUUCAUGUACUUCAUAGCUUACAUUUAGAAAUAAACCUGGAUCCAGAAGCCCCUGAAUUGUUGGAUCAUUAGAAAUUGGAGCUAUCAUUAUAAUUUGUUUCCCAGUGACUCCAACAAAUGGGUUAUAAUUUGCAUCAAAAGUCUUGAAUUUGAGCAAGCCAGGCAACAUAUUGCAACACUCAAUUUUUCAGAUUUUUCUCAGUGCCCUGUUGAUUUUUUUUUAGUGCCAGACAUUAUACAGUAGUCUAGAAUUGUAAUGUCUGUAGGAAGUCCUUCAUUUUCUCUCUCUCUGUCACAGGGGGAUGGGCACCUUUAAGCAGAGAUGGGCCCAGUCUCACCUGGGACUGUGAACGAUCUAUGGGAUUUAGGGGUUACACAAUAGCCUGUGGAGCACUUGGUCUUUACAAAGGCUAACAAGAGUUUAGCUGAGCUGAAGAAUUGUGGAAGAAGGUAGACUUGUAUAACAGAAAGGUGAAAGAAGCUAGGUACAGGUCUAAAAAGUUGUUCAGCUGCUGAACGCCCCUUGAUGUUGGUGAGAAUCAAGCACCCAAACAAUGUUUUGGAUCUGGCUUCUAGCUAGUAUGUGACUGUUUGGUGAGCGAGAACUGUACAAAGUAGUUAGGUGCCUUUGGGAGUCCCAUGGUCAGAAUUGUCCCAGCAGGAAGGUCUGGAAAGGGGAAAGAAAAAUCUCUUGGAGUCAGUGUCCUUGUGGGGCAGAUUUACUAUUAUUAGGGAUCUACUUAAAUUGUGUUUUCACAUUUUUCAGGGAGAGCAGGAAAUCCCCCACAUUUCUGGAAGAGCAGGGAAAAUGUCCUUCCCACCUGAAAUUGGUGCAAAAUCGCCGGGGGGAGGGGGAAAGAAAAAAAACUUACUGGAGGCAAGCAGCAGUACGCAGGGAGAAAAGGAAAGCAUGAGAAACCUUCCCCUGCAGCACAGGGGCCCCAGGGAAAGUACAGGGUCUCCCAGCCAAGCUCAGUGAUUGAGCUAGUCAGCAUGCUGAUUAGCCCAAGCACUGGGCAGCGUAGGAGCCUGGGAGGAUUUUAAGUGAUAGGCUGGCUGCUCUACUUAAGAUCAGGAUGAGUGGAAAGACAGUCCGCAAAGCAAAGCAAAGCACAUUUCUGCUACAGAUCAUGUGAAGCAGUACCCUGAAGGCACUCUUCAUGCAGAUAGUGACAAAUUAUUCUGUUCAGCAAGUAAUGUCACAUUGGAUCUGACCAUAAAAACACUAUUGAUCAGCAUUUAGAAUCAGAAGGGCACCUGAAGAGGAAAGCUUCAGCAGAUGCUAAGGGACAGAGCAAGAGGUGGACCACAAUGUUAUCUAUGUUGAAGAGGGUCGCAGUACAGCCUGAAAAGAGCCUACCUUGCUUUAGUCAAGGCAUUCACAGCUGCAAACGUUCCUCUGUAGAAACUUGACAACCCUGUACUACAGGAAUACUUUCGAAUGGGGGAAGUCUUCCAUGUGCUACUAGGCUCCACCAGGAAUAUCUCACUGAAGCGAUAGCUACACACAUCCACUCCACAAAUGCUGCAGUGAGCAAAUAUGACACUUUCUCCAUAGUGGCGGAUUAAACCAGCAACACACAAGAUAAUUAGGUCCUGCGCAUUUUAAUUGUUCCUGAGAGCUGGACAGAUGGCAACUGUCUGUCUUUCAAACCAGGCCAGUCCACCUAGAAGCUGUCAAUCAUUCUAUAGUUGUGACCUACGGCUUGGAAUUCAACAAGAUCUCAGCUUUUCUGUCUGAUAAUGCUGUGUACAUGAGCAAGGCGUUCUCUGAUGUCCUCCAUGGACAAAUGCAGGUGACAUCUGAUGGAGGCACUUCCCUGACAUAGAUAGCCUGCUGACUGCCUUUAAGACAGCUUUCAAGCACUGUCCAGCUCACAAGCUCCAGUAUCGGAUGUCCACUGCUGCUCAAACCAGAAAGCUACCUACAACUGUGGCACUUGCACCAGAGCCAGUCCGGACCAGGUGGAAUUCCUGGUUCAAUGCCGUGCAGCACCAUGCCAGGCACUUGGAGUGAUACCAGUAGUUUGUGUCCCAGGAACUUGAGAUCACACAAGUUACACAUUGCAUCCUCAAGCUCUUAGAACCCCUGAAACAGAGCAACGUUGUGGAUUGGGUGAGGUUUGUGGCAGAAAGCUCCACCCAGACCUCGUGGUGUUGGUAUGGACCUCCUCACCUGGUUUGAAAGUCGGCAGGUUUCCAUUUACCAAGGAUAUAGCAAAGUGAUGUAUUUGAUAAGCUGUGUGGAAGGCAAGGCUUCAAAAGAGCUGUCCACCUGCUGCUGGAAGAACAAGUAAAGACAAGAGGUGUUCCAGGCAGUGGCUGCCAAACUGAUACAGCUUAGCCCCCACAGUUCAGGCAUUCGGCAGCCUUGUUCCUCAGUGCUAUGAGGAUUUUUCACCCCAACCAGGUGGCUGCUGUGAGUUUUGACUCUCUACUAAAUUGAUACCUGGGUGGAGUAAAGAGCAGGGCUCUGAACUUGCUGCUUAUGUGAACUUUGUGAAAGAAUGCCAGAAGCCCAUGUCUGUCAUUGUGUCUUGGGAGUCUGUCUGUGACUGGUUCCCAUAUCUGUAUGCCUUGGCAAAAUGUUGCCUUACCAUCCCAAACAACUCUGUGGAUGCUGAGCAUGCCAUUUCUGUUUAUGGACAAAUGUCCAUCUCUCAGAGAGGUGGGCUGUCACUGCUGUUGGGUGCAGCAUGCUUGCAUUUAACACCGAAAAUUAUGUGGGAGGGGUUCUCUUGCUAUGAGGGGACAGAAAUCUACCCCUGAAGCCCUUAUGCAGUGGGCCAGCUCUGUGCUACAGUGGGCAAGUGUCAAGGAAUUCACUCAUUCAUUUAGUUUGCUUAUGUAUGUGUAAGGCAAUGAAAGUUAAGUACUGUUGAUUCUCUUGUGUUCCUGUUUGCUAAUGUUAGGCUAUAAAAGUUAAGCACUGUAAUGAGGUAUGAAUGUGUUUUUAUUUAGGCUACUGGUGUGGGGAGGGCAGUCAGGCAGGACAGCAGUGCUAAGCUAGCCGAGGACCAUGGGGAAUGUGACUAUGCUCAGAGGGAGAAGGGAGAUGGGAGCAGGCUGUGCAGACCCAGGAGGGAACCGAUGGGGGAUGAAUUGGGAGCCCAGUGCUUGUUCUGUAGCGGUCGCCUGUCCUACAGUUGUCUGUCCUCCUGCUCCCGAUUCCCCCCCCCACUCUUCUCUUGCCGGCUCCUGUUGCUUCAGAUUAGCUCCCACCCCAGUAGGAUUUUUUUUUUCUUUUUCAGCAGUUGUUUUUGGGCACUGAAUGUGCCUGUGGCUGCUCAGGGAAAAAAAGUGGCGAGGGUAAGGAACACUACCAGGCUCUCAGCCAAUGAGUGGCAUGAGGUCGGAGUGAAAAAAAUGGCAGCCACAGGCUUGAAAAGCACCUGAAAUUGGUGGCCACCAGCAUGGUGGCCACCUGAAAAUAAUUAAUGGCCAACACCAUUUAAGUAGAUGCCUAAUUAUUAUAUCUAAAUUUUUGUUUAAUCCAAAAAAUGCAUUCUGAGUAAGAGCCAGGUCCAAAUUCUGGUACAUCUCUGUCCUUCUUGGGUCUGUGAGUUAUUUUACCAGAUUACACUUUUGUGUAGCAAUGUAUGCAGAGUGGUUUAGAUUUGUGCAAAGGUAGCAUCAGAUUUGUUUACUGUAUGCAUUUCAAAUGUAUAAAGAAAGGAAGUAUUAAAAUGUAGACUGCUUUGGCAAUCAAACCUCCAUGACCAGCUGGAACUCUUGAUUGCAUUUGAGUCAAAGGUUGUACAAUGCAAUGCCAUUAUGUUCACAACGUUAUUUUGUGAAGACCAUUUAAUAAUUUCUGGGUGAUUAAAACUCAGACUGAAAUUUGUAACUGAAAAUAUCUUUGUGUUGUGGUAUUAAUUAAGUAGUCAUUAUGAAUGAAAGACAGGCUCUUCCUUUGUAGACUUCCUUUGCACUAUAAUCAACCAACAACCACAUAGAACCAUCUCUUUGUGAUUAAAAAGUAUCAUUUGGGCUGCAAACAAGGAUUGAUGUGGUCAAAUGAAGCUUUUGAAAUGCAAAGAUGUUGUUCAUUUCAUAUUCUUCAUAAUAUUAAUGUUAUUCAUAAUAUUGUAUUCAAUGCACAGCUUACACUGGAAUUUUUCCCAAAGCCAAGUGUAAUAAGGCAGAUGUAGCCUGUGUUCCUGGUGCUUUUGGAAAGGGAAACUCUGGAGCACACUCCACCCAAGGGUUCCCACUCAUGUGCGCCAAGCGUGGAAGAGCCAUUAUCAAGAUCUCGAUCUCUGGUGUGCUUGAGAACAGUCAGAGAAAGAACCCCUGGAGAAAGAAUCACUGCCACUUGUGCAGGCUUGGGAUGGGAUAGAGGGCAACAUGCCUGGAGGCAUCCCUCCCGGACAGCCCUAGCGAUUGUUAUAUAGACAUAGCCUGUAUAUUAAUGCCAAACCACAAAGUGUGUUCUUUCUGAAGGGAACAUUAUUGUAUAAUCUGAUUUCUGCCUGGGUAUAAUAAACCCACCUUUUUAAGUUUAA